GGCGAAUGUCAUCAGUUACCACAAGCUCCCACUCACAGUAACAUCUCCAAAAAGCGAAGUUGUUCUAGUUGGUGCGACUGCAAUUACUACAAGUAGGGUCCACACCCACGUAGAAGAAGCAUAACCCAAGCACAAUAUGCGCGCUUUUGUGGUACUCGCCUGUGUGGCGCUCGCCUACGGCCGUCCCGAGCCUCCAGUCGGCUACAGCUACUCCGCACCGUCAAGAUAUUCCACUCCAUCCAGCAGCUAUGGAGCCCCAUCUUUGGGAGGAAUUAGAGGAAUCUCAGCUGGAGGACACUCCGGUGCUCUUUCAGGAGCAUCUUCUCUUGGCUCAGCUGGACUUUCUCUCGGUGGACACUCUGGCGGAAUAUCAUCCGGUUUUUCCUCUGGAGGCAUUUCCUUUGGCGGAAGUAGCAUUGGUGGAGGACUCUCAUUGAGCGGCGACUCCGGUUUCAGUGGCGGAUAUGCUGGUGGUUACUCUGGUGCACCUCUCGUCCAAAAGCACAUCUACGUUCACGUCCCACCCCCAGAACCCGUAGAACAGAGAAUUCCCCGCAUCCCAGCUGUUGCUCCCCCUCAGAAACACUACAAGAUCAUCUUCAUCAAGGCCCCGACUCCUCCUACCCCAGUGGCGCCCAUCAUCCCCGUUCAGCCUCAAAAUGAAGAAAAGACCCUUGUUUACGUUUUGGUGAAGAAGCCCGAAGAACAACCUGAUAUCAUUAUCCCGACCCCGGCUCCUACUCAGCCCUCAAAACCAGAGGUUUACUUCAUCAAAUACCAAACCCAAAAGGAAGGUGGUGCUAUCGGAGGUGGUGCUAUCGGAGGUGGUGCUCUUGGAGGUGGCGCUCUCGGCGGUGGUGCUCUUGGCGGUGGUUCUAUCGGCGGAGGUGAUCUUAGCGCCAUUUCUCUCGGUGGAUCUGGAAUCGGAGGAAUCGGAGGUGGUGUCGGCAUCGGCGGCGGCUCUGGCCACGGUGGUGACAUCGGUGCUGACUUCGGUACGAGCGGUGUUGAGGACAGCGGCUCAGACGGUGGUCACGGCGGCGCUACCAACACUCAAUACGGUCCUCCCGGACACGUUGCUGGACCUCUUCAUUAAAUCCAAAUUCCUCAAACAUGCUUAAGUGGUAGAAAGAGGAACUAAAAUAUUUAUUGCUAAGCGACCACAUCGCUGAAUGGUUCAUCUUCGUUCUCGGCCAUAGCGAGGGUAACUCGCGGGCUUCCAUUUCUGCCAGCAACCGUCUGCGGUCGAAUGCCUUGUAAAUAGUCACCAUCCGCAUUCGCCUGCAGUCACCAUCGUGAUAAUAUUCGACUCUUUCCUCCCAUCACCACUCAUUGCUACUUGUUAUUAGUGCACAGUGUUAAUGUUGUUCGAAAUGAGUAUUUUACUGCGACUGUUAUGUUUAUGUAUUAUAGAUAGCUUUUUAUUUUUUUAUAAUAAAAACACAAAUGUGAUGCAA